CCCCUUCACAUCCGUAACACCUAAUAACAGCACAGAAAUGGAAAUUGAUGAGCAAAACACACCAGCCUCUGUUCUUUCACAAAUUGAGUCAGCUCCAGCCACAGUUAUCAAAUCCUGGGCAAAUGAAGUCAACAACAUUGAAACUAUUACUAGGCCCAACACACCAUCAACAAUUGAAAGAGAUAUUAGGAAAAUCAACCCUCUGGAUAAACACUUCAAAAUUCUUGAGUUUUGCAGAGAA